GGUAAUUUCCAGCCCUCGACUUUCAAGAUACUAAAUAUCCACGAUGAAGAACAGGGCAGCAUCUCCGGCGAAGCAAGUUGGGGUCACUGAGGAGAGGUUAUCACGUUGCGCAUUUUGCCGGCCUGACAAUCCAGCGCAGUGGCGAUGUGACUAUUGCAGACUUCUUUUCUGUGAUUCAUGCUGGAACAUGCCAGCUCCACAUCUACAGAAUGAUCCGGUGCACGCCAAAGUAUCUCUCCACCAACAUAGCCUUAUAUCCAACGAGCUUAGCACCAACCUAAAUCCCGAAUCGUUCAAGGAUUUACAUGCUCACGAUAUGGUUGCUGUUUGGUUCGCUAUUAGCCAGGAUUCAUACCAUGGCAAACUAAACUUCGAAGAGUUCCCUCGUUUCAAGCACUUAGUUGAUGAACAUCAAAAGGCCUACAAUACAUCUGAUCCAUGUUACGCAAGCCUUGUAUCCUUUGUGGGCGUGACCGGAUCUGGGAAGAGCACAUUGAUUAAGAUUCUGAUGAAGCGACUUUGGGAUGAUACUUCAGAAUCGACACUGGAUCUCAAUGAGAUUGAAGUACCUGUUUCAGGGACACGGAAAACUUCCAACCCCACUUCAGGAGAUGUCCAUCUUUACCGUGAUCCAUACUUGGAUCCAUCAGAAGCCAACUAUCCCCUCUUUUAUGCGGAUUGUGAAGGCUUCGGUGGUGGUGAAGUUGCCCCCAUAGGAUCAAAAAUUCGGGACACUAUUGAACAAAUAGCCACGUCUUUAGACUCUGCUUCGCCAAAAAAUAUGCGCUUUGCUCAAACAGCGCUUAGAUGGGUUAAGAAGGGGGCAAAACAGGCAAUCGACCUAAAGGUUCCUGGUGGAGGAUUCAUGAGGCGACAGGAACUUGUCGAAAAACUCUUUCCUCGUCUGCUAUAUAACUUCUCCGAUGUUGUUGUCCAUGUUAUCAGCGGUCAGUCCGCGAAAACCAUGGAGCACAUUCUUCUUGAGGUGAUCAAAUGGGCAAAAGUUUCAGAGAGCGUCGCUGUCAAUCAUCCUUUUCUCCCACACCUUAUUAUUGUCAUCAAUGCAGCCUCAGACACAUCUGUAUGGGACCCUGAAGAGGCCCGCCGCAAAAUUAUCCAGGAACAAUCCGGCAUACUUAAGGAAAACCAGACUGCCAUGCUUUAUGCUGAACAAUAUGAACAGAUCGGUAAUUCUAUUUUCACUAUCGAAGACCUGUUGCAUUGUUUCUAUGUAAAUGUGGAAUUCAUUUAUAUCCCUCAAGCAGAGAGCGGUGUAAAUGAAGCUCUCUUCCUCACGCAAGCUCAGAAGCUGCACGAGAUGGUGGAAAGGGCUACUCGCGGCUCCCAGUCACUCAAAGCCAAUUCUAAAAUUCUAUUGGCAUCGGAAGAUCAGGUUCAACUGUUUCACCUAGCCUUUAAUCACUAUACCAGAUUUUUGGAUAAGCCUUUUGAUUUUCUUGAGACACUGUUUACUGUACGUCCGCUACCACACAAUUUUUCAAACAACGUUGUCCGGCUUUUAAAAUCCUUUCGGUCCAACAUUCAAUCUCAAGACUCGACAGAAGUGUACAUGGAAAAGCUAGUACCGGUUCUGGCUACCAUUAUCGCUCUUGACGUGGCUCGAUCGUAUCGAAUCAACGCUCCGCUUAUUGACAUAUUCAAAGGCAAUUUAUAUAAAUCGUACGGUAACAGCGGACUACGUCCCUCAGCAAGCCCCAAUUCAUAUGAAGCACAACUUCAAUCGGCAUUUGAAGAAUUUUGUGAGUGGUCAGUUCCAUGCUCCUUCGUUGAUAGAUAUGGUCGAAAGUGUCACAAUUCAAAACGCGGGCACGCUCUUCCUUUUCACCAAGGGGAUACAGCACUUCCACUUGCCUUCGGGGGGUUCGAGUCGAAAGAGGUAGACGAGCUCAUGAGCUCCUGGCUCCCUGCUGUAGAAAAGCAGAUUGAACUCCUGUGGGACGAGCUUGAGAGUAGUAUCGCACCUAGGAACGGCUCUGCAUUCUCCUAUGGUGUUACCCACUCGAUUCUCAACACUGUUUGGGCACACCACGCCCGACAGAUAUCCUUGCUAUUUCAAGAAAACUCUGAUCUACGAUUGAACUUCCCUUUGAUGUGCUGUUUCUGUUUCCAUAAUCUCCCAUUCGAAAUCUUACCAUGUGGUCACUCUAUUUGUGACGAUUGCAUACAUCUUGUUGCAGACACAACCGGCGGCCCGGAUUCCCGCGUGGUCUGUAUCCGAAGCUGCAUCCUCCACAGUACUUCUUGUGACUUUGAUCCACCUCAUUAUAUCCAUCUCCGUCCUAAGCUUGCAGGCCGUAGAAUCUUGGCUUUGGAUGGUGGUGGCGUCCGAGCCAUUAUCGAGCUCAAAAUCCUAGAGGGAGUGGAGAAAAAGAUGGGAAACUUCAUUCCUAUUCAGAGAUUCUUUGACAUUAUAGGGGGUACUAGUGCAGGUGCGCUCGUAGCAUUUGCUAUUGGAAUCAAAGAUUGGCGAAUUAACCUUACCGAACCGAUGUUUCGGCAAAUAUGUGACAGAGCAUUUUCCAAUUCGGCGAAAUCUUGGGUUUUCAAAUUCAUUCGUGGAAGUCAGUACCUUGAUGGCCCCUUUGUUGAGGCUCUGAAGGAUGCCCUUGGGAAAACAGCAGAUGACUACUUGAUUCAAGCCAGGUCGGAAUCUAGCGGAAUUCUGCGACCAGCUCCAAAAGUUUUUGCUACUGCUACCGUCAGUGAAGGGGAUGGCGCUUCUGUACUGCCAAAUUACAUUCGCCCGCACGAUAGAGAUAACAACCUUUCUGACCUUUACGGUUUCCCAUAUCAAUUUGAAGUUCAUGAGGAACAAGAGACACAGAUUCGUGUUUGGGAGGCAGCGAGAUGUACGACAGCCGCACCAACCUACUUCACUCCCUUCCGGAAGACGGUACCGUUCGCUACCAAAUAUUACGACGGGGGCCUCUACCACAAUAAUCCUUCAAAGAUUGCACUGGAGGAGAGCCGUCGAGUCUGGCCGGAGGUGCCUGAAAGACACCCUGACCUUCUGCUAUCAGUCGGAUGUGGCUUUUCGACAACAAACAGCGAUGAAACUACCCAAUUGCUUACCCGAAAUUAUCUCUUCGAAGCUCUCAAUGUAGUACGACGACGGUUCUUGCAAGUCCUUAACUCUGAAAGGGAUUGGAUUGAAGGUUUUGGUGUACUGUCAAGAAUGGAGCCCAAGCGCUACAUCCGUCUAAACCCAGCAGUCACAGAACGCCUUCCAGAUCUAGAUGACAGGGAGGCUCUAGUGGAUGGCAGUCUAGAGCGGAUCGUAAACAAGUUUCUCGACGAGCCCAGCACAAAAGCGAUUGUUGAUCAAGUGGCCCGUCGCCUCAUUGUAACAUCAUUUUAUCUAGAGCCAUUGGCUCCAGCUAGGGCUAAUGGUCUAGAAGAAAGUGCAAACAAUUUUCACGGAACUAUCCGCUGUCGAUUCAUUGAUGAGUCUCCUGAGAUCAAAGCAUUUGCAGAUGUUAUUGCGAGAUUCUGCCCCAGUCAAUAUGCAGACUUUGAUCUUCAAGGACCUCUGACGAUUGGGAGACUGACUCCCCAAUUGCUUCAAAUCAUGAAGACAGUGGGGACGUUUCAUAUUGAUGUCCGUUUCACAUUGCCAUCUCAUGAUACGCCUAUUAAUAUUACUUUCUCCUCCCCUGGAUUUGAGGCGCAGGGUAUCAGCGGCUGUCCUUUCUUAAUGAAAAGAACGUAAUGACUCAGAGCUUUCUUCCGGCCAAAGACGUUUUUCAGUUCUUAUGCCAUUUCAAUAAUAUUAGCC